UAGCACUCCAGAGGAGACGUGAAUAAAGAGGACACGAGGUUCUACGCGUCCGGAGCUCCUAUUUAUUUUCGACACUUCUCAAUACAACCUCGUCUUCUCAAUCAGCCCAAAAGAAAAAGUGAUUGCAGGAUAAAUGGCAAAAAGUUACUUCAAGCAAGAGCAUGACCUUGAGAAAAGGCGCGCAGAGGCUGCUAGAAUUAGGGAGAAGUAUCCGGAUAGGAUUCCGGCUUUCAGCAGGAGAUCCACAUCUCUUGGGAAGCACCAGCUGACCUUAACACAGGAGAGGAGGUCUGCCCAUUUAGUCGUGACAAAUGGGCAGUGGAUGAACAGGUGCUCGACUGUUUUUUCAGCUUUCAAACAGCAGAUGCAAGCAUUAGUUAGAGUCAUCCCUUUUUUUCUAAGGUUGUCCACUGUGAGAAUUUUCCUGCCAGCCAACCAAAAACCUGCAGCUUCGGUGGGACAGGAUACUUCCAUAUGAAGUGGGGUCCAUGCGUGGCAGUGUUGCCGGGGUUAUAGAAGAGGCGCUUGUAUAGUGAUCCGACUGAGAACCUGGAGGAACUGUCUGGUUUCCAGCUGAGUUUGUCUGAUUCGGGAUUACCAUCCAAGCUUUCCAUCUAGUGGGAUACAUUGUUGUCUGACUUGAUUUUCCAGAUCAGUCCAGGAAACACACUUUAAGCCCCACAAAAUCAAGGUAUGGUUAGAGCAGCCUAUCCAACUGGCUUAUGCUCUAUUGUAUAAUCACAACUGUUUGAAAGGACAAAUGGACCCAAAUUUAUGCAUAUUACUCACCAACGGGUGCUAGAUGCAUGGGCUCUCAACUUAUUGCAAAGUAACCGGCUAUGUGCAAUGAUUUACUUGUUGAUUAGAAGAUUAAACAAGAAUCCAUCUCUAGUACAACUCUAGCAUGGUUCAUCUUAGGUCCAGAUAGGGAUUGAGAGGACAAAUCUGGCAGCUGGCUUCAGAGCUUAUGCGCCUCUUAUAUAAGCCACAAAUAGGUGACAUAAACAGUGUCACUUCUGUGCUAUAUUCUAGAUUGCAACACAGAAAUGAGCUUUGUUUUAAAUUUAUCUCCCAGAAUAAACUCAUUCAAAUGUUAUUGAAGCCUGAGUCAUGGAUGCAAUGCAGUGAAAAUGGCACUAAAAACUAUUAUGUUUACUCUCAAAAUGGACAAUGAAAGAGAGUAACUGUGAAGGAAUUAAACAUGAAGAGAAGUAAUAUUCGGAUGUUUUGAAUCAAGCUCUAGCACCACCUUGUUUAACACAAGAAUAGAAUCUAUUGCAGGUAGUCAUGUACUGACACUGCUUCUGAUGCCCACUGUCAGACUGGGGAUAGUUUUGAAUUGAGCCAUAACACUACCCAUUUUUGACAGGUUUUGUGGCUUAUGAUGACACUCACAAUGACGCCCGUGACCCAUCUGAGGUUUUGUGAAGAAGAGAUGAUAAUAAAGACUGACUGGAUAUGUUGGGUUAUUGAUUGAUUAUGCAAUGGGAGGAAUUAUACCCAUAUCAUGGGGUCCCCCUCUGCUCCCUAGAUCUUAGCUGCCAGGAUACUUCAAAAUUUUGCCACUCCUGCUUCGAAUCCCCGCUCUGGACUCUCGCUCCUACUCCCACUUCUCACCUUUAUACUUA